ACACCAGAGGACCACUUUUGUGAAACAGUUAAAACUGGGGAAGGUGAGCCCACCUUGUUGACUGUGCUUUUGAGGACUCCAUGGGUCCUGCUCCCAAGACAACUUGGUCCUUUCUGGUUUCUUUUCCACCCACAGCUCCCACAGUGUCUGUGUAUCCACCUACAGCGGCUGAGCUGGUCCAGCCAUGGCACACCUCUGAAGCGGCACGAGCACGUGCAGUUUAAUGAGUUCCUGAUGAUGGACAUCUACAAGUACCACCUCCUUGGACAUAAGCCCAGUCAGCAUAACCCUAACCUGAACGAGGACCUCAGGCCUGCACUGGAACUACAAGAUGGGCUGACAGCUCCCAAACCAGUUCUGAAUCAGGCAGGGGCCCCCAAAACACAGAUAUUCAUGAAUGGCGCCUGCUCCCCAUCUUUAUUGCCAGCCCUAGCAGCUCCAGUGCCCAUCCCCCUCCCAGUUGUUCCUGACUACAGCUCCUCCACGUACCUCUUCCGGUUGAUGGCAGUUGUUGUUCACCAUGGAGACAUGCACUCUGGACACUUUGUCACCUAUCGACGGUCCCCGCCUUCAGCCAAGAACCCUCUCUCAACCAGCAACCAGUGGCUGUGGGUUUCCGACGACACCGUCCGUAAGGCCAGCCUGCAGGAGGUCCUGUCCUCCAGUGCUUACCUGCUGUUUUAUGAGCGUGUUCUUUCCACGAUGCAGCACCAGGGUCAGGAGUACAGGUCUGAAGAGUGACUCUGCCCCAGCCCCAAGGGCAGAGCUGAUGGCACCAUCCACUCUCCAGGAGAAAAGCAAAACUGCAUUGUGUGUGUGCACGCACGUGCAAGCAGCCCCGCUAGAGCCCGUCAGCCUUCCAGAGUGUUCUAAGAGCAGGCCCUGCCCAGGAGCCAGCCCCACUCAUACCAAAUCAGGCUCUCUGACAGCUCUGCUUGUGUGUACCUGAUGGUGCCAUCAUGUUAGGAAAGCAUUUGUCUGUGAGCGUCUUUUUACUCAUCUGAUACAGGUAAUUAAAAGAAACCAGAUUCUGGAAGCCACCUUUUUCAUAUUGUAAUAUGUUAGGUGUUCUCAGAGGGCAGUUACUUUUGUCUGAUCCUCUGAGGUUUCAAUAUAGAUCUUUUAUUUUUAAUAAGCAGGCCCAUAAAAAUUGUUGACAGGAAUUAGUGAAAUUAUUAAAGGCAACAAUUUAGGAGAAAAAGUGCCUUUCACUUUCAAUUGCUUUUGUAGCACAUCCAUUCUGAAAUAUCCCUUCCGAGUUGCUCAAAGGAUAGCAAAAGAACAGCUAAAGACGCCUAAAGAACACCUCCACUCCCUUUUUCUAUGCCUUUUCUAAUCUUUCAAUUCUUUCUGUGUAGUAAAGGCUCAUCUGCCAAAUCUGCCCCCUGGGGAAAUUCUUUCACUACUUUGUCAGUUGUAAGUAAAAAGCUUACUUGUUGCUUUUAUCUUUUGUAUACUGGACUAAGAGAUGUAAUUAUGGUAUAUUUAAAAUUAUGUGAAUAGACAGAGUUGAGCAGUAUCCGCUCAGCAACUCUGAUUCCUCUGCUCUGCAGAAAACUCUAUUACACAGGGAUCCCUGUGGACGGCUAUUUUCAUGUUUAUUUAUUGUCCAUGCAGAGCUCUUAAGGUUUAUAGGUAGGAGCUUGGGGUUAUUGAAAGACAAUCCCUGUCUUGAGUUGACCGUUGGAUUUGGAAGGAAGUGCUGACCAUGGGGGUGCCAUCUCUCCGAACCUGUUUCUCCAUUCGUGAAGUAAAGGGUUAGAUUCAAUGACCUUAAGUCCAGCCCUUUCCACAGAAAGUAGCAGCUUUUCAGUUUGAAAAUACAUUGCUACAGCUGACAUCUAGUAUUGUCACCUUAUUAUAGGUCCAUAUUCUAAACUUAUUCAUCAUCUUCAGUAGCCUAAUACAAAAAGGGUCUAUUGAGCAUUUUCUUCCCUUUUCAGACAAGUCUCAUGAUUGCAGCCCAGGGCCAAAGGAAUGUGGAUGACACAGUAGUACCUAUGUUUUAGCAAGAUUUUUAAUUAGAAAGGAACACCACAUUCAAAUGUGACUCUUCAGAGUUAAGAUAUGAAAUCAAACCUAUCCAAAAGGCCACCUGAGGUAAAGCCAAGAACUGUGAUUCCCCUGCUGGGAGUGAGCCGGCAGACCCUUCCAGACAAUGCCUGGUGUCAGCUCCAAAUGCAGGAAACCCGGUGGUCCCCAUGCCACUGGCCCAGUGUGCAUCCUGAGGACUCAGCAACUCCCGCUGCCAAUAGAAUAUACUGAGAAGGUUCCCCAGGCCUCAGGCAUCAGUAUGCACAGAUCAGCUUGAACUGUCUGAUCUGUUCAGCACUGACCAGCUGCAGAUGUUGGCUUUGAUGUUGAAAUGAAUGCACUUGUUUCCCUGAGUCUGGUGGAGCAAGUGCCUAAUCGGUGACCUUAAAGUGUGCUGCAAAGUUGUAGCUUUAAGUAACUGCUGUUCUGCCACUGCUUACUCUUUGAAAUCUGCUGUUAAAAAGAGUGUGCACUUUGAACAUGUGGUCGUAAGCAGAUCUUUCUUGGGUCAGAGGCCAGGAUUUGAGCCAAGGUGUAAAUGUGAAGAUAUCUGUGCAGAGUCUCCUAACCUGACUUCUUAAAACUGACUUGCUCAUUUUGUAAAUUAUUAGGCAUUAAUCAGUAGCCAAAUAAUCUGAUUUCUAGUUUUAAGUUAUCUACAAAGUAAGUAGCUUCUCCUUUGGAAAACCUAAGUUAAACUAGUAGUUUAUGCAACAAUAACUGUUGACUUACGUAUUUGCUAAAGGUACUUUUGUAUCUGCUGUGUAUUAUAGCAAAAAAAGAAUCAUUUUAUUAGGAAAAAAUCAA